AUGGCGCCGGCGGGGCGGCUGCUUCUGUGUGAAGAGAAGAUCCGGGGGAAGACCGGGCUGGCGCCUCACCGCGGCCUGGCUGAACUUCGGUCAUUAUCUCUUCCUGGAACUUACCAAGAAAAGAUUACUCACCUAGGAAAUUCUUUGAUGAAUUUAACAGAUCUAAAUUCUCUAGAUCUCUCACGAAACUCCUUGGUUAGUCUAGAGGGCAUGGAGUACCUGGCGGCGCUGCAGCGUCUCAGCGUCUACCACAGCCGCAUCUCCUCGCUGGCGGAGGUCUUCCGGCUCCACUGCUUAACGGAGCUCGCGGAAGUGGAGUUCCGGCUGCACCCUGUGGUGGAGAGCAAGUCUGACUACCGCCUCUUCGUGGUGCGCAUGCUCCCGCGGCUGCGGCCGCUGGAUGACCGCCCUGUGAGGGAGAGUGAGCGGAGAGCAUCCCGGCUGCAUUUGGCUUCGGAGGAAUCGCUGGACUCAAAGCAGAGCUUCCCAGCCGUUUUCAGAGUCGAAAGACUGCAUCACUCCGGAGCCAAGUGAGCUGCCCCCUCGGCCAAGAAGUUUGUCAUGGACGUGGAUGAUGAGGCGGCCCUGAACCUCAUUGCCGAGUGUGGGUGGGGCUUGAGCAGCCCUCCUGGGAGCACGAGUUCCAGCCAGCAGGAGCAAGAGGCCAGCUUCCAUAAUGCAGCAGAGUCGCGGCACCUAUUGAGUCCUGAGUCAGCACAGCAGCAGCGUGGGGACUCCCUGAGGAAGGGCCCCGAGAAGCGGAGGGGCAGCUCCAGCGGGGCUGGGCGGAGCCGAGGAUGCAGGGCUGGAGGGGCGCUGCCUGCGGGGCCCCCUCCUCUGAGCACUCUGACCCUGUGGUGCUCUCUGCCUCGGCUCUUUGGGACCAGCAGCCGGCCUCAGUGUUCCCACGCCAACUGGUCCCCGGAGACGGCCACCCCGCCCUUGGUGUGUCCCAAGUUGCACUUGGCCGUGCCGCCCGGGACGAAGGCCACCCUGGAGGUGGCGCUCCUCGACCUGGUGGGCAGGCACUGUAGUGGCUGCAGCCCCCUGCACGGCAGCGAGGUGUUCCUCGCUCAGGCAAGACACAUUUUGUCAUCUGUCCAAGAGUUUACAGCCACUCAGGACAGUUCAACAACAGUGAGUGAAGAAAUUAGCUCCCUGACUAUGGAAAAUAAGUCUUUGCAGAGUCGCCUUGCUGAGCUACAGCAGCAGUAUAGCGUGAAGAUGAGUGAGGUGGUGUCGGAACUCAGCGACACUCGGAAGGAGAUGGAUCACCUGAGGCAGCAUCUGGGCAGAACUCUGGAGGAAAGCAGUAGCUUGAAGUCUCUUCUGUUCAGCGUGAAAAAAGAAGUGAGAAACGCCGACGCUCCAUCCACACUGAACUUGCAGAUCACUGGAUUUCAGACAAGUGUGAAGCGGCUCUCUGGGGAGAUUGUGGAACUAAAGCAGCGUCUGGAGCACUACGACAGGAUCCAGGAACUCACCCAGAUGCUGCAGGAGAGCCGUAGGUACCUGGUCAGCACCAACGAGCACCUCCUUCGGGAGCUGGGCCAGGUGCGGGCGCAGCACGAGGCCGAGGUGGAGCCGCUGCACUGGAGCCACAGGGAGCUCAAGAAGACGGCGGCCCUGCGCCCCAGCGCCCGCCCGCGUCCACGCCCUGAGCGCUCCUCUCUGUGGGUGUCUGUCUUCAGGGCCUGUGGUGCAGCCGGGGGGGGGGUCUGAAGUGUCCUAAAAAGACAGGCUCAUCCAAGCCCCUUACAUGUCUUGAGACAAACAGGUCAGUAGUUUUUCACCAAAUAUCUUGAGACAAAGAAAAUACUGUAAUUUUCUGCCUAACGUGCAAGAAAGCAGCUCUG